CUGGCGUUGAUCCAAAUGCACGACAACAAAUGCAAGAAAUAUUUUUAAAUGCUGUUAAAACAAAAUUAACUAUUAUUUUAACAAGUCAUUCAAUGAAUGAAUGUGAACGUGUUUGUAAUCGUUUUGGUAUUAUGGUUAAUGGUCAAUUAGCCUGUUUAGGUACAAUUCAAUAUUUAAUAUCAAAAUUUGGUCAAGGUUAUACAAUUGAAAUAAAAGUUCGUUCAUCAUCAGAUGAUAUAAAUGCAACAACAAUAAAAAAAUCAACAAUACAUUCAAUAGGUUUAUUUAAAAUAAGAAAAAGUGCACCGGCUGAAUUAUUUCAAUUACUUGAAGAAAAUAAACAAAGAUUAUCUAUUGAAACUUAUACUAUAUCACAAACAACACUUGAACAAAUAUUUUUAUCAUUUGCAAAAGAAAUUCGAGCUACUUAG